CUGGGAUUGUAAUAAAGCGAUUGCACGUUUGCUCAAAGCUAGCGGGUUAGCCACCGCGUUUCUGGUGAUUGUUUCCUGUGUUUUUAUCUAAUUUAACAGUUUCCCACACUCAGAGAGUUGAAUAUGAAUUAUUCGGACUACGAUUCAGAGGAUUAUUCCUCUGAUGAGGAUGAAGACUACGUCCCCUCUGAUGAUAAUCUGAGUGAGGAUGACCUGAAUGAUUGUGUGAAGGAGGAUGAUCUGGAAGGGGAAGACCAUGAUAAGCAGCAAUCAGAACAUGUGAAGAAGAAAAAAAAGAAAACUAAAGGAGACAUUCCUAUGAGAAAAAGGAAAAAAGGAGGCCUCAAACUAGAUGAAGAUGGCAAGGGAAGUGCAGCAGACCAACAGAAAGAUGAACAUGAAACAAAAGGAGAUUAUUAUAUUGGCAAGUCAAGAGGGGAUGAUGAAGAACAGAAGAAGAAGAAAGCAGAUGAUCUGUGGGCUAGUUUUCUCAGUGAUGUCGGCCCUCGACCCAAAGCAGCAGCUCCAAGCACAGGCUCUCUGCAGACCACAUCCACAGUCACCACAGAUAAACCCAGUAAACCCACUACAGGCUCUCAGCAGCAGGAGGACAAACUCAAAGAGUCAUCCAAAAUCACAAUUACCAAGGUGUUUGAUUUUGCCGGGGAGGAAGUGCGGGUGACUAAAGAGGUGGACGCAGACUCACGAGAGGCUAAGAGUUUUCUGAAGGAAGAGGAGAAAGCACAUGAGGACAAAGAACAGCAGUCCUCAUCCUCUGAACCUGAGCCCAUAUUACCAGUUUCUUCUGGAUCCAGGCUGUUCCUACAGCUUCCGUCUGGCGGACAGAAUGUGGGUCAGCGAGACUAUGCUGUCCUGAGCUGGUGUCCCACAGAGGACAUGUCUGCAGGUUUUACAGAUGCACAGGCCUACUACCGUACUCGCUUGUUAAUAACUGGUCUACAACUAGGCCAAUGUCCUCGCCUCGGGCAGGAAAAGGCCAUUAAACACAUCCAAGUGACCAGGCUGCUAAGAUAAUGGAGAAUGAGUGUGCAGAGUUAGCUGGCGUCCAUCUCCCAUGAUGCCCUGUUAUGUCCUCCCUUAUGAUGUCAAAAAGCCUGUAAUUACUCCGAGUGCAGAUGGAAAGACUUGUCAACUAAACUGUGGGUCGAUGCUGAGAUUAUGAGCCACUCAGUUAACCUAUGAUGACAUGAACUGAUAUAAUGAGCUGGAGGAAUCUACUUCCUGUCUUGAAAAGAGCCUGAAGAGUGCUGGGACACAGUAGCUCUGUGUGUGCCUUCAACUGAGACCGUAACAAGACUUUGGUCAUGGGAGAAUGCUGACUGCAAAUAAACUGAACUGAACUCACAGAUUUCAGGGCUUCUGACUCCAUUUGUGUGUGUGUUUGUGAGAAUGUGUCUAUGUGCAUCCUUUUUCUUUAGGUUUUAUUGCCCAUUUGUUUGACUUUUCAUAUAUUGGCAAAUGCCUGAGUAUGUUUAAUUUUACUUGUCCAUAAUCUGUAUAGGCCUAUCUAUGAACAUGUUGUGGUUACAUAAAUGUUUGUUUCUCUCUGAGAACAAGUGUACCCAGGACAGCGGGUCGAGUCUGUCUCAGGCAGGAUACAGUCACCUUGGCUCUGUAUUUAGCAUUCUGCCCUGUCCAUUGUGGUCUGGCUCCUGGCCCUGGUUUCCCUGCUCGCAUCGACACUGCCGCAUGGCACACAGGAUUGACUAUCAGUUGAACCCUGAUUGUGUAUUGAUUCACUGUCAGGAUUGUUUUAAGCAGUGUUUCUAUUUGUGUGUGUGUGUGUGUGUGUGUGUGUGUGUGUGUGUGUGUGUGUGUGUGUGUGUGUGUGUGUGUAUAUAUAUAUAUAUAUAUAUAUAUAUAUAUAUAUAUAUAUUAUACACAGUGCAUCUGGAAAGUAUUCACAGCACUUCAUUUUUUCCACAUUUUAUUAUGUUACAGCCUUAUUCCAAAAUGGAUUAAAUUUAUUUUUUUUUUUUUAUAAAUUUGCAAAGAUUUCAAACAAACUUCUUUCACGUUGUCAUUAUGGGGUAUUGUUUGUAGAAUUUUGAGGAAAAUAAUGAAUUUAAUCCAUUUUGUAAUAAGGCUGUAACAUAACAAAAUGUGGAAAAAGUGACGCGCUGUGAAUACUUUCCGGAUGCAGUGUGUGUGUGUGUGUGUGUGUGUGUGUGUGUGUGUAUAUAUACUGGUUCUGUUGACUAAGCUGUUUGGCUGCAGGUAAAAUGUUUUUUACAGCCUUCCCUGUCUCCCAAUGUGGCAAAUUUUGUAAAAGCAACUUAACUAACCCGAAAAUGACAAUUCUGUCAUUAUUUACUCACCCUCAUGCCAUCUCAAACUGGUAUGACUUUCUUCUGCGGAACAACAGCAAAGAUUUUUUUGAAGGAUGUAUAUGGUGUAAGUGAAACGUUUCUCACCCAAACCGAUUGCAUCACUGCAGAAGACAUGGAUUAAACCACUGAAGUCCUACGUAUUAAGUAUUGAUUACUGAUAUAAUAUGCUGCAUUUAUGGGCUUUUCAGAGCUUGAAAGUUUUGGACCCCAUUGACUUAAAUUGUAUAGACAACAAACACCUCGUACAUCCUUCAAAUAGAAGUCAUACAAGUUUGAGACUGCAUGAGGGUGAGUAAAUGAUGAGAGAAUUAUAAUCUUUGGGUAAACCUUUAAUCGCCAAUUCAUUCCAAAUUUGAUGCAACUAAAUAUCACAAGAAAAAUAAAAAAGAAUCACCGUUUUGUUUUUCUAAAAAGCUAUUUACACUGAGAAGAAUUUUUGUAAAUCUGCAGAACAUUUGGACAAAUUGUUUGCCAUCCAAACAAUUACAAAAUCAACCUAGCCUACAAAUAAAUACAUGAUGAAUGAUUCAUUCAUUAAGUCAGGUGAGCUCUUGACGUGUUUGUGGAUGCAGCUGUAAUGCAUGGAAUAUAAUUAUAGUAUUGAUUUUGCUAUUAUUGAUUUUUACAUUUCGCUACCUUUUUUGCACCCCAAGAUUAUUUUUGGGUGUGUAUGUUUGGAUGUGUUGUCUGACGGCCUCUGUAGCAUUGCCCUGCUGAAACAGCUGGCACAAAGCUAUGUGUGAUCAUGGGCUUCAUUUGACACUUUCCAGUAUGCUGAUGUGUGUGGGUGUACAUGUGCUUGGACUGAAGCUGGCAGUUCUAGGUUGUUCUGCUUUUAUAGUAUUUCUCGCUCUCUUUCUCACACACAUUUCCUGACAGCCUAUGUACUCCUAGGAUUUAAGUUGGCAUUAAAGAAAACCUGCAAAUAAAUACAAAAAUCUCUCUUCCUUUCUUCUUGUUUCUCUCUUAUUUCCUUUUCUCCAUCUUGCAUUUUUCUGCCUUCCCCCCUCUUGUCCUCUUUGAAUAAUGUUGACAGCAUUAGCACAGAUGGCAGAUGCAUUUUCUCAGACAUUUAGACAUUAACCGUGUGUCUGUCUGUGGGUCGUCUCAUUCUUGUGUGCGUGUGUGUGUAACAUACAAGUCCUGUUAAAUUGACUUGAUUGCAGUGAGGUAACUGUGACUUGCACUUCACUUAAAAAUCAAGUCUUUCUCCCUGCAGCAAACUGAAACAAGUUCAUUGCAUUCAUUUUACUUCCAAGUUGAAUCGAGACGUGGCAUUAAAGGUAAAGUGUGCUAUUUCUGUGCCACUGGCAUAAAAAAAAAAAAAAAAAAAAAACAGAAUUGUUAAAAUAAUGACCUGAACACUCAUUGACUUGCAUUGGUAAAAAAAAAAAAAAAAAAAAGAGAGAGUCCCACCCCAAACUAACCCCAUCGGUAAAGCCACUGUUACAGGUUUCUCAAACAAACGGAGCAAUGUUUUGAAUGUUUAGUGCAGCCGCAGAGCCACAGUAUUUACAGUUUUUGUGGAAAUUUACUUACCAAAAGAUUACUUGUACGCUGCACAAUAUGCUGGGAUUGGAGAAAGUAUUUUAACAUACAAAAAAAAACUAUCUUCAGUUUUAAGAAUUUAAUUUUAUGAAGGAAUUUUAAUAACGUGAUUCUGUUUUUGGGCAUAUUCUGAGAUUUCAAUACUUGUUCACACAGGCCUUUUUAUAUUGAUAUUUGCUGUUUUAUGGUGUCAGUCUCCAUUUCUUGAGACUCACAAAUGCAUUCAUUUCUUUGUUCUGAAAACAAUUGUUUGCUUCUCCUGUACACACAUACACAUUCAUACAAUUUCCAUUCUUGUUCCUCAUGGCAGACUUUCUCAUAUGACUCACUUGAGCAUGAAACCGUAUGUCCUUGGACACCCCAGCACCCUCUAAUGUACCCCAAGGUCCUAUUGCCCAAUUCCCCCUACAUCCCUUUCCAUUCCUCUAGUGCAGUGCUUCUCAAACUUUUUAGGCCAAGUAUCAAAUCAGAACAUUCUUGUACUAGUCACCACCAAUGUUCACUCAAAUAUUUUUUCAGCAUUCGGCAGAUGUAAAUUUUAAGGGUAGUCUUAAGGAUUGUGAGCAACAUACACAAUGCCAUAUUUGAUUAAUAUCAAUAAUACUGUAGUUUAUACAGUCAGCAAGAGUGUGUUUCUAAAAUCAAACAUACAGUACAAUAUUAACAUUUAGAAGUUUUGCAAUCCAGAUCAAACAAACUACUAUAUAUAUUUAGAAAUUUGGAGCUUAGGCAUUGCUAGACCCUGUUUUCCAUCUCAGCCCACCUAAAAUUAUGCAGCUAGCAUCACCCUUAAAAAUAUGUGAUAAUGUGCAUGUGAUCCAUGAAAUCAGCUGCUGCAGUAAGCUGUCUGAUGUUCAUUUGACUCUGAAUCAUGCACUUACCAGUCGUUAACUUUAAAACUUGUCAAACUACAUAUUUUCCUUCUCUCUAGUCAUAGGCGGACAUGGCCAUAGGUGACACAGACGCGCUGUCAGACGCACACUCCAUUUCUCUGUCCCACAUCCGAGCCAUCUUCCAGUGAAAUCAAAAACAAAAUGUGUCAACCCAGUGUCUUUGAGUCAAAGCACUAUUUAAGAUCAUAGACUUUAAGGAAGUCUGAGAAUGUGUAAAAUAAAUGGAAUGAUAUCUUGCCUCAAUAGCAUCCGUUUUUGCUGUUCUGUUUUCUGCAUGGGAAUAAUAUUGUGUUGUGUGCGCAGAGACAUUGAGAACGUUACCUAUUCACAUCGUGCACUGCCGAUGUGAAAAAAGAAAAAGUGGGCUAUCUUAAAGAUAUAUUACAAUUGUAAUAA